AUGCUCAAGAAAAUGUAUGAAAGAAAGAAGCAAAUAGAAGCAGAACUUCAAACUCUAAAGCAAGAGACAGAAGCAAAAAAUAUGAGACUCGAAAUGCUCGAAAAAAUAGUAAAUGAUUCGAUGGCUGAAAAAGAAAAAACAAAUACAGAGCUUAAUGAAUCGAAACAACAUGUAAUUUUACUUCAACAAGAAAUUGAAAAAAUGAAAACUGAACAUUCAAACGAAAUCAAUCAAAUAAAUACAGACCACACUUCACAAAUCGAAAAAUUAGAAUCAGAGAUUAAUAAUUACAAACAGCAAGCUCAAAAUUCUCCAAAUAUUAAAAAUGAAGAAAAUCUUGAACCGAAACAGCAAUCAGAGGAAGAAAAGCCGACACCAAACAGCGACUCUGAACAAUUAAAUAAGCAAAUAGAAGAGCUAAUGCAGAAAAACAACAAAUCAAACGAAGAAAUUAUUUCAUUGAAUAAUACAGUAGCAAAUUUGAAUGGAGAAAUCGCAUCUUUACGUGAGCAGCUCAAUCAAUCGAAUGAACUUAAGAAAACAAUACAUACAACUUACAAAAAAUUAGAAAAAGAAUUUAUCAAGAUACAUUCUGAAAACGAAGAGUUACAUAAGAAACUAGAUUCACAAGUAUCAUCGGAUAUGGCUGAAAAUCAGAAAAUUGAUGAGCUAAAAUCUCAAUUAGCUGAAAAAGAGUCACAAUUAGAGCAAUUUAACAAAAAUGGAGGCAAACUCAAAGGAAUAUUUAAAGAUCUACAACAAAAGAACGAACAAUACAAAGAAAACAUCCAAAAUUUACAAAAUGAAAUUGUAAAAUUGAAUGAAACUCUUCAGGAAGCGAACAAUGAGCUAAAGAGUGAAAAGGAUAAGAGGAUAUCAUUUGAAAAAGACAAUAAAAUGCUUCAAGAAAAGAAUAAACAACUUGAAGAUUCAAAAUCUCAAUUUGAUUCAGAGAAACAACAUUCAAUGUCCAAAUUAAUCAAAGCGGCUAAAGAAAUAGAUAAUCUCAAGAAGACUAAUUCUAAGAAAGAUGCUCAAAUUCAAGAAUUAAAUUCACAAAUUUCAAAAAUGAACGAGAAAGUUGAAAUUUUGUCGAUGCAACUUGAAAAUAAUGUAUCAGAAUCGAGAGAAUUAGAGAAUACAUUAAACGAAACUCUUGGAAACUACAGAAGUCAAGAUAUCGAAAAAGAUUUAAUGGAAAAAAGAUUAGAUGAAAUGAGAAAAGAAAUCGCUGAGAUAAGAGUUGAGAAAGAGCGCUUGGAAACAAUAAUAGAAGAAAGUAAACGAGCAAGAGCAAAUAUUGUUCUCGAUACUUUUAUUUCUGGAAUAUUUGAGGUGCAAGAAAUUGAAGAAGUUGUUGAAGAAAAGAUUGAAGUGUCUUCUCCUUAUUUACAAAGGAUGCUUUUGCAAUUUUUCACUCAAGAUGACAGAGCAAAGGAAUUAUUGAUACCAGCUAUACUUAGAUUUGUUGAAUGUUCUGAAAAUGAUGUUAACACCGCUGUUGAAGCAUGGCAUAGCAGAAAGAAGUGGAAAUUAUUUUAA